AUGUCUUCACAAUCAGAGACCGCAUCGCAAAAUACGAACAAAGAUUUGGACCAGCCGUCUGCAAGUGAUACUAAAAUUGGAUCUCAAUCUCAGUCAGAAUACGACUGUACGGAGAAAAAAGAUGUACCAAGCGCAUCAGCACCGAGCAAUCCCGAUCCCGAGGCGGAACAACAACAGUGCCGUAAGAGAAAGCCUCUAUCAUUCUUCCUUGCAUUUAUAGCUCUGCUGUUGAUGGUCUUUUUGGUCUCCUUGGAUUCCACAACGUUGGCGGUUGCCAUCCCCGUAAAUAUACCCACUUGCCGCGAUCCUUCCACAAAUCAGCUCACAUAUCUGUUCUCGCUCAAUAGGCUCACCAGCGAUCUUUCGGGUACCACUUUAACGGCGUUUUGGGCCAACAUAUCCUUCACGGUAGCCGUCGUGGUCAUUCAGCCAAUUUAUAUCAGUUUUUCCGAUAUCUUCGGCCGCAAGAUCCCUCUUUAUAGGGCGUUCACACUCUUUGCUAUUGGAUCGAUCGUGUUUUCAGUUGCACACAGUAUGGCAGUUCUCAUUGUGGGGCGCGUGCUGCAAGGCCUGGGCGGAGGCGGGCUCGACGUCCUUACCGAGGUCAUUGUCGCCGAUAUCACUACUCUACAAGAAAGAGCCAUUUACAUCGGUUUGCUUUCCCUACCAAUGGCCGCAGGAUGCAUCGCGGGUCCUAUUCUCGGUGCAGUCUUCAGUGAGUAUGUCACGUGGCGAUGGAUUGGCUGGAUCAAUCUACCUGUGAUUGGUGUCGCCUUUUUCUUGGCUUUCUUCUUUGUGCGUCUGAAGCCUAUCGAUCAGUCUCUUCGCUCCCAGCUUAGUCGUAUAGACUGGUUUGGAAUGCUGCUCUUUACGGCUGGUAGUAUUCUUUUCGCCCUACCACUGAGUUGGGCAGGAAAUAUGUAUCCCUGGGGCUCGUGGCGAACGAUUGUUCCUCUCAUUAUCGGUAUAUUUAUAUUGGUGGGAUUUGCAUUUUACGAAGCCUAUCCAGCUGACGCGAUGUUCCCCUACCGUAUCUUCCGCUCUCGAACGGCACAAAUGACCCUACUCGGAAGCUCUACCCAUGGCUUCGUUCUUUAUACGCUACUUCAAUAUCUUUCCUUUUUUUCCCAAGCAGCCUAUCUCGAGACACCACUUAAAUCUUCCAUUUCAAUCCUAUUAUUCUGCUGUGUGGUCUAUGUCUUUACAGGGAUCGCUGCCUUUGCUGUUGACGUUCUUCGAAGAUAUAAGUGGGAAAUUUGGGCUGGAUGGGUAUUUCUGGCUGUUGGCUGUGGCAUUUUCUCGCCAUGGGACCAAUCCUCUUCAGUAGCCAAGACUGCUGGUUUCCAGGUGAUUGCAGGGAUUGGCAUUGGUACAAUAUUUAGCGUCCCUCCAAUCCCAAUGCAAGCCAGUGCUGCAGCCGAAGAUCAAGGUCUUGCGAGGGGAAUUAUGGUCGGAUUUCGGCUAUCUGGGUCUCUCAUUGGUCUUGCGGUGGGUGGGACUACAUUCAGCAGCGUAUUCGCUAAGGGAAUCGACGGUAUUGCAUUGCCUGCUUCUGUGGCAUUAUUAGCAGAUCCCAGCGAGGCCGUAGGCUUUAUUCCCCAUCUGCGAACUGUCGACAUCCCCCCUGCUCUGCGGGUCCUCAUCAAAGAGGCAUACAAGAAUGCCAUGCAGACUAUUUGGUAUGAAAUGGCAGCGUUCGGAGCUUUGGGAUUUUUGAGCUCUCUAUUCAUUGAAGAGUUGACGAUGGAGACAGAAGAGAUGGGUCGCCAACAUUAUGAACAUUAA